AUGGCAUCGUACUCACAGUACCUCACCAAGGAACAAGAAGAUGAACUUCGCGGCAUCGCCAAUGCGAUCGUAGCCCCUGGCAAGGGAAUUCUCGCUGCUGAUGAAUCCACUGGAAGUAUGGAUAAGAAAAUGCAAAACAUCGGUUCCGAGAACACCGAAGAGCAACGACGAAAGUACAGACAGCUUUUAUUCACCGCAAGUCCUGAAAUGAGUAAGCAUAUUUCGGGUGUGAUCAUGUUCCACGAAACCUUCUAUCAGAAGACCGAUGAUGGGACGCGUUUCGUUGACGUGCUCAAAAAGCAGGGCAUAAUUCCGGGAAUCAAGGUAGACAAAGGUGUCGUUCCUAUGGCCGGUACCGUAGGAGAAGGUACUACUCAAGGAAUGGACGAUCUUAAUGCUCGUUGUGCUCAGUAUAAAAAGGUUAGUGCAAGUAGACCUCCCUUCUUUCUUUUACAUCUUAAUGCUCGUUGUGCUCAGUAUAAAAAGGUUAGUGCGAGUAGACCUCCCUUCUUUCUUUUACCAACUUACUAA